AUGGGCAAAAACAAACGCCAAAAGCACCUCUCCCACGGGAAGAAAUCAAACCCCCAAAAGUACACCCCAUUGACCCGUCCUUCUGGAGUCUCAAAACCCGCUUCAAAAUCAUCCACCAAACCUUCGAAACCGCAAGCCCAGCACCGAAAGCCAACACUGCCCUUCUCGCCUCACGAACAGAUAUUACUGAUAGGCGAAGGUGACCUCUCCUUCUCCUCCUCCCUAAUAAUCCACCACAAAUGCCAGCACGUAACAGCCACGGUCUACGAGUCCUCCCACGAACUUCUAUCCAAAUACCCGCACGUUGAAGAGAACAUAAAAGCAAUUGAAGACGGAGGAGGGGCAGUGCGGUAUGGCAUUGACGCUAUGAAGAUGAGGCCGUUUACAACCGGGAAAGAGAGAGAAGGAGUCAUGGAUAGGAUAUUCUUUAACUUUCCGCAUGUGGGGGGAAAGACGAAGGAUGUUAAUAGGCAGGUUAGGUAUAACCAAGAAUUGCUUGUUUCGUUUUUCAACAACGCCAUGCCGUCGCUGUCCCCAAAAGAGGGAAGUUCGAUUGUUGUGACAUUGUUUGAGGGAGAGCCUUAUACGUUGUGGAAUAUUAGGGAUUUGGGGAGGCAUAGUGGGUUGGAGGUUAAGAGGAGCUGGAGGUUUCAGGCGAGUGCGUAUCCGGGGUAUAGGCACGCAAGGACGCUAGGGGUUGUUAAAGGAGGGGGUGGAUGGAAGGGAGAGGAGAGGGCAGCGAGGAGUUAUGAGUUUGUGAGGAAGGGGGAGGGGGCUGUGAUGGGGAGUGGGAAGGGUAAGAGGGAGGAGAGUAGUGUGGAUGAGGACGAAGGAGACGAGAGUCUACAUGAAGAUGAUGUUGAGGAGCAAGGUGACGAGGACAAGGAAGAUCACAAGAAAGAGAAUGACGACGACGAGGACGAAGGCGAUUGA